AUGGUGCUGUUUCUUGGCCUCGCCGCCGUCCUCGCGAUGGCCGCGACUGACAUUGCGGCGCGGUCCUCUGACAUUUCAGCAGUCCUCUCACUGUUCGCUCGCACGGCGGAUGCACCAAGAGCGUCGGACGGGCGGGAGGCGGUCAGGGUGCCGCAGGGCUUCGCCGUCGAGAGUGACGAGCCAGGCCUUGAGGCCAACCUCACAGCGGACGCCGAGGAGCCUGAAGCUUCGAGCUUACCCCACGGCCCGAUCCUGUCGACGGUCCCUCUGGACGGAUCGGUGUGCUACAAGAAGGCGCCCAAGGAGGCGCUCGAGCCGAGCCUCUCUCUGGACUACGACUUUGAGAGCCGCUGCGCGCUGGCCAUGUGA